GAAGAAAAACCGGAAGUGUUCUUUUCGCUAGGUGACCCGUGCUGAAGAAAGUGGGCUAACUCAGCUGCGAUCCGCUGAUCUGUAAGGACUAAAAGUGGCAUUUCGGUGAAUCUAGUUAUCACGAAUGGCGAACAUUUUCUUGAAGAAGUUAUAUUUCCCACCGAGUGUCCUCUCGCGGAGCGUUUGUCCAUUGUCCCGUACAGGCGGUUCCGGGUCCGAGGUCCGGGUUUCUUCCCUGCACUGCCACGCAGCUCUGCAGAACUCCAACAGAAGCUCGGUGGCUCGCUGCACUCGGCACAAGUAUGAACGGACGUACCCCGUGCUGCUGGUCCGUCCGGAUGGCUCUACAGUCAACAUCAGAUACAAAGAACCCAGACGCAUCCUUCUGAUGCCGGUAAAUCCGUUCAGUCUGUCUGAAGAGGAGCGGCGAGCUCGACUGAAGAAGAGAGAAGUGAAGCGUAAAACAGAAGAAGACACGCACUAUGAAGACGACUUCCAGGCGGACACCUACAGUCACCUGUGGAGGAAGAAGUAACCUUUCUGGUGGUGAGACUUCUGAACGUCUCAGCGACAUGCCAUUUCCUGCAUGUAAACAAACAAGUAAAUAAAUAAAGUUCUGAUCCGUUCUGCAAAAGAACAUCUUGGAAACAUACCCGGGGCGUCAUUGUUUUACAGCACGUUUCUGUAUUUACAUUAAACUCAUUUGGGUUGAAACUCGUAUUUACGUACAAUAAAACUCAGAGUUUGUCUCGACUCUUUUAGAGACUCGUGGAGUUUUAAUGAGUUUUCUUCGUUAGUGUUUCUCUUGACUUCUUUCCCAUAAAGCUCAGACCUGUGAAGAACUCGGGCAGGUUGCUGUAGGCUCAGUAGCUCCUGUCUCAUCUGCUUAAAUCUCUCACUGCUCCUGUGAGUGCAGCCUGUGUCCCACAAUCCUUUCAUUUUUAAAAAUUUUAUUGUAUGCUCAUUGAAAGACAGACAUUUAUGGUAUGUUCGUAAAGUUUCUUUUGUCCUGCCCAUAAUUUCUGAUCCGCUCAAGAUAAUUUAAUACAACUUGAUACAUGCACAUCGUCACCAGUCGGAGUGUCACUCUAUGUAACUAGUUUUGGAGACCUCAAACUAAUAAAACUACAAAAACCAA